AUGGCUUGGUUCUCAGCAUCAGCUUCUGCCUCAGAAGCAUCUUCAGCAAACACAGGAGAAGGGAUUUCAGAAUCAGAAUUCUCAAGAGCCAGAAGAAUUUCAGCUAAAUUCUUUGGAGGUGAAGGAGCAACAGCUAUUGCAGUCGCUGAAGCGGCUAUCGGACUGGCUAUUGUUUCCUCAAUUGCUCGAUGUACUCAAUGUGUCCGAGCCUGUCCCACAGAUGUAUUAGAAAUGAUACCUUGGGAUGGAUGUAAAGCUAAGCAAAUAGCUUUUGCCCCAAGAACAGAGGACUGUGUUGGUUGUAAGAGGUGUGAGUCCGCUUGUCCGACAGAUUUCCUAAGUGUUCGAGUUUAUUUAUGGCAUGAAACAACUCGAACGCGGGUUUUUCUGGCCCAAGUGUAUCUUAUUUUUAUCACGAAUUAUUUUCCUUGGUUAACAAUAGUUGUUGUUUUUCCAAUAGCCGCAGGUUCCUUCAUUUUCUUAUUUCCUCAUAGGGGAAAUAAGGUAAUUAGGUGGUAUAGCAUUUGUAUAUGCUUAAUCGAUCUCCUUCUAACAACCUAUACAUUUUGUUAUCAUUUCCAAUUGGAUGAUCCACUAAUUCAACUUCCGGAGAAUUCUAAAUGGAUCAAUUUUUUUGAUUUUUACUGGAGAUUAGGAAUAGAUGGACUCUCUAUAGGACCUAUUUUACUCACGGGAUUUAUAACUACUAUAGCCACUUUAGCGGCUCAGCCGGUUACUCGAGAAUACCGAUUAUUCUAUUUCCUGAUGUUAGCAAUGUAUAGCGGUCAAAUAGGACCAUUUUCUUCUCGAGACAUUUUACUUUUUUUCAUCAUGUGGGAAUUGGAAUUAAUUCCCGUUUAUCUACUUUUAUCCAUGUGGGGGGGAAAGAAACGUUUGUAUUCAGCUACAAAGUUUAUUUUGUACACUGCAGGAGCUUCUGUUUUUUUAUUAAUGGGAAUUCUGGGUAUCGGUUUAUAUGGCUCUAAUGAACCAACAUUAAAUUUUGAAACAUUAAUUAAUCAAUCGUAUCCCGUGGCACUAGAAAUAAUAUUCUAUAUGGCCUUUCUUAUUGCUUUUGCUGUCAAAUCGCCGAUUAUACCCUUACAUACAUGGUUACCAGAUACCCACGGAGAGGCACAUUACAGCACUUGUAUGCUUUUAGCCGGAAUCUUAUUAAAAAUGGGAGCGUAUGGGUUGGUUCGAAUUAAUAUGGAAUUUUUUUCCCACGCUAAUUCCAUAUUUUGCCCCUGGUUAAUGAUAUUAGGUUCUAUUCAAAUAAUCUAUGCCGCUUCAACAUCUUUUGGUCAGCGUAAUUUAAAAAAAAGAAUAGCUUAUUCUUCGGUAUCUCAUAUGGGUUUUAUAAUUCUAGGAAUUGGUUCUAUAAGUGAUACUGGUCUCAACGGGGCCAUUUUACAAAUAAUAUCUCAUGGAUUUAUUGGCGCUGCCCUUUUUUUCUUGGCAGGAACUAGUUAUGAUAGACUGCGUCUUCUUUAUCUUGACGAAAUGGGCGGAAUGGCUAUCCCCAUGCCAAAAAUAUUCACUAUUUUCACUAUCUUAUCAAUGGCUUCUCUUGCAUUGCCUGGCAUGAGCGGUUUUGUUGCAGAAUUGAUAGUUUUUUUUGGAAUAAUUACUAGUCAAAAAUAUCUUUUCAUGAUGAAAAUACUAAUUACUUUUGUAACAACAAUUGGAAUGAUAUUCACUCCUAUUUAUUUAUUAUCUAUCUUACGGCAGAUGUUCUAUGGAUACAAGUUUUUUAAUCCACCAAACUCUUCUUUUUUUGAUUCUGGGCCCAGAGAAUUAUUUAUUUCAAUUUCUCUCCUUAUACCCAUACUAGGUAUUGGUAUUUAUCCAGAUUUCAUUUUCUCAUUUUCGGUUGACAAGGUUGAAGCUAUUCUAUCUCAUUUUUGAUGGAUGAUUUUUGUCAAUCAAUCAAUAAAAAAGAUAAAAAAAUCUUUUUCCGUUACAUUCACUUAAAAAUAUGUUUGUUGUUUGUGAGAAUCCCUUGAAUCAUUACAUUACUUGAUUGAAAGGGUUCUCGACGAUUUAUGGAAAGCAUAUAAAUAUAUACUUUCCAUAUUUUUAUUUCUCAGGUUCUUUACUCAUUUUUAGUCAAUUAGAUGUAAAUGAACCAUAACUAUGUAGUCCUAUUCCUAAUAGAUUGAUCCCCAAAUAACAUAUCCAAAUUAUAAGAAAUCCUAAAGAAGCCACUAUUGAAGAAUUUACACCUUUUAAUCUUUUAUUUUUUAUAGUAUGUAAAUAAAUUGCGAAUAUGGUCCAAGUAAUAAAGGCCCAAGUUUCCUUUGGAUCCCAAUUCCAAUAGGAACCCCAUGCCUCGUUAUCCCAUACUGCUCCUGAAAGAAUAC